AUGGCUGCUGUGGAUAACUUGAGUGAUGUAUCCAAACUGAAGAUCUCUAAUGAUGCUUCCAAAAGAAGCAAGAGAAGAAGAUCAAGUAAUUAUAGACUUACAGAAAAGCCAAAUGUUAAAGUUCAAGCUGUGAAAAAGGAUAAAAAGAGAAAACAUCUGUUACCUCCAUCAUUAAAUUUGAAAGCUCCAAACAAAGUUGUUAAGAUACGUGAUGUUCGUGAUUUUGCUUUAUAUAUAUAUCAACUAGAAAAUAGAUCACCUUCUUUUAUUGAUGUUACGAAUAGAGAUCAAAUUGAACAUGUUGUUCUAUUAUUGGUUCCUGGUUUAGAACUACAAGACUUUGGGUUAGAUUGGGAAUCAUUGAAAUUUGAUUCAAUUGAAUUACCUAAAAUUCCUGAAGAAUUGAAAUUUUUCCAAUCAAAUUUAAAUCAAGCUGCCAUUACACAAGCUCCAGAUGAUAAUUAUUCAUUAUACCCAUUAACAAAUGCUUUAAUCAAUAUACCGUAUAACAAAAAGGAAAAACAAAGGAAAACAAAAGAAUUGGAAUCCAAGAAAGUGGUUAUUGGUGAUUUAUUAAUGAAAGUGGAAGAAUUUAUUGAUCAAAAUUAUCCAGUACAUCCUUUAAUUGAAGGUGUUACUGAAAUUGAAAAAACAUCACCACCAUUAGGAUGGGUUGACACUGUGGAAUUUGAACAUGAAGGUUCACAUACAUUUUCUAUUGAUUGUGAAAUGUGUGAAACUGAAGCUGGGAAAGUAUUAACUCGUGUUUCAUUAAUUGAUUUUAAUGAACAAGUUAUAAUGGAUGAAUUAGUUAAACCAAAAGAUGAAAUUACAAAUUAUUUAACUCAAUAUAGUGGUAUUACUGAAGAUGCAUUGAAAAAUGUUACAACAACUUUACAAGAUAUACAACAAAAAUUAUUGAAAAUUAUUAGUGUUAAUGAUGUAUUAAUUGGACAUUCUAUAGAGAAUGAUUUAAAUGUUUUACAACUACGUCAUCCAAAAAUCAUUGAUACCUCAUUAGUAUAUGAGCAUCCAAGAGGUCCACCUUAUAAAUCUUCUCUAAAAUAUUUAACUAAAACAUAUUUAAAUAGAACGAUUCAAGAAGGUUCACAUGAUUCAAUUAUAGAUGCAAAAGCAUGUUUAGAUUUAGUAAAGACUAAAAUUCAAACAAAUGCACUUUUAGGUAAAGUUAUUGAUGGACAAACUAUUUUCAACAUCUUAGAAGAUUCUCAUAAAAAAGCAGUUGUUAUUGAUUAUAUGAGGGUACCCAAAGGUAAUACAAAAUUUGUUGAAUGUUCAAAUGAUGAUGAAAUAACAGAUAAUGUAAUCAACAAAUCAACAAAUUCAGAAUUAGUUAUUGCUAAAUUGAAUGAAAUUAAUUUAUCUCAAAGAGAUGAAGCAAAUGGAAUUAAAUCAAAAGAUGAAAUACCUAAAAAGGAGAAACUUUUCCAAAAAUUAAAUGAAAGAAUUGAAAAAAUAUAUUCAAAUUUACCAGGAAAUUCUAUAUUAAUUGUUUCAAGUGGUAAUGGUAAUACAACACAAGUUCAUUCAUUAGGUCAACAAAAAAGAAAUUUCAAAAGAGAAUAUCAAAAUAAAUUAUAUAGUGAAAUUGAAUCUAAAUGGGAUAAUGAUGAUGAAUCAAAUUUGAAAAAUGCAAUGAAAAAAGCAAGAACUGGGUUAGUAUUUGCCACAUUAAAGACUAAAUCAAAAUCAACACCAAAAGAACAAAAUGAAAAUGAGAUUAAUGAACAAGUUGUAAUUAAUGAUGAAAAUAAUGAAGAAGCAAUUUUAGAAACUGAUGAAUCAUAA